AUGACGUCCUCGCUACCGGGAAACCGCGACCUGCCAGUCUCGCAGUUCAACCUAGGGACAUACUGGGGUCGCGUGCAGCACUCAGCAAACAUAUCAGAUCCGAGAACCCUCCUCACCUCAUCGACCGGCCUCGAAAAUGCAAAGAAACUCGUUACCGCGUACAAAACGGGCAAGAUCCCAGAGAUGACGCCUGAGCUGUGGAAUGCGAAGAAGAUCAUCGAUUCUACCAUACACCCAGGUACUACAACCGGCGCGUUCGCAUGA